CUCUGCAUUCCCGUAAAGGCGGGAGAAAUUGGCGAAAUUGUGGGCAAAAUUCAAGAGUCAGAUCCGGCCCGAGCCUACCCGGGCUAUCACAACGUCGAGGCCACCAAAAAGAAAGUGGUGAAAGACGUGCUGUCAAAGGGAGACUCAGCUUUCCUGUCCGGCGAUCUCAUGGAAAUGGAUGAAUUGGGAUUCCUGUACUUCAGGGACCGGACGGGCGACACAUUCCGCUGGAAGGGUGAGAACGUGUCGACCACUGAGAUCGAGGCCAUCAUCCAAAAGGUGAUCCGUUUGAACGAUUGUGUGGUGUUUGGAGUGGCCAUUGAAAACAGUGAGGGAAAGGCCGGUAUGGCUGUACUCACCCGACCAACAGAGGGUACACUCGAUAUGAAACAACUGUACGCUCGGCUCAAGGAUGAGAUACCCUCGUAUGCGAUACCAUUGUUCGUACGACUGGUCGAUAAGAUAGAGCUGACCGGCAGUUAUAAACUACAGAAACACAGCUUAGAGAAGGAGGCCUUCAAUCCCAAUGUGGUUAAAGACGAGCUGUACUUCUUGGACAAGAAGUCCGACAGUUAUGUUACGAUUACACCACAACUCUAUCAACAAAUACAAAGCGGAAACAAAUCACUUAAAAUGGUAAUGGUCGAUAAGAUAGAGCUGACCGGCAGUUAUAAACUACAGAAACACAGCUUAGAGAAGGAGGCCUUCAAUCCCAAUGUGGUUAAAGACGAGCUGUACUUCUUGGACAAGAAGUCCGACAGUUAUGUGACGAUUACACCACAACUCUAUCAACAAAUACAAAGCGGAAACGUUUUGUUAUAA